CUGUGCCACACACACGCACAGUUCUCUGUAAAGUACGUCAGCAUGUGCAUACCAUCCAGUCAUUCGUGAAGAAUAACACACUACUAUUUUAGCUACCAGAAAUUUCAAUUACCAGUACUUUGCCAGAGGCUUUUUCUGUGAAAAUGAAGAUAUACGUUCUAGUGAAGGGUGGAAAUUAGGAGUACUGCUGAAGUUGUUAACGAGUGAGGGCACAUUAAAAUACUACGGUGGUACUGUGUCAGAAUAUAAUGAAUGGAACUACUGGUCCCUCACUGGUGCAUCACGGCCUCUCCCGCCCGAAGCCCAAGAGGAACCACAAGCCAUCCCCCCGACCAAAGGUAACCGAGAACGUCGUAAGGGACAGCAGCUUGGAUAACUUCUUCCCCAGCGUUUCUCAACGACGACCUGGUGAUGUUUGCAGCUCCACCGGGUCUCACUCCAGCAGAUCUGCGAGCACCGUAGCCACCCCUCAGUCCUGUAUCGACGCAGGUUGUAGAGAUCCUUCACCUCCACUGCCACUGGUGGGGGAGGAAUACAGUACCGAAAGGCUGGCGGCGGCCGUCGAAGGGGAUUCUCUGAGUAAACGCAACAAUGGAGGUGAAAACAGAAUCGCCGAGAAGUCAAGACAUUUGAGAGAUAACAAAGGAAAACGAGAAGGAGGAGGAGAGUGUGAAGAUAAUGGGAAAUUUAAAACGAAAACUGGAAGAGAAGGAAACAGAAGCAUAGCCGGAAGGAACGUUGGUUAUCUUCAACAUGAACAGGUUAUCACUACCAAGGGGAGGAGUGUUAUCAGUCUUGUGAGGAGUUUGGAAUUACGCCUCAACAUUCACUCACCCUGUAGCCACCCCAUCAAAGAUGUUGUCGAUGAACAGGGCGGUGAAGGGGGUGGCUCUAGUAACCAUGAUAAUGGAUCCUCAUCUGCUGACGAAGACUUCACCCCCAGUAGUAAUUUGCUCUCUAAGGAUGACUCUAAUUUCGACGAAUUUCUAGCUGACGAUGCUGUAAUUACUCCUGGCAACCACUCAACAUUUAGAAAACGUCUGGAUGAGGAAUUGGCCCAAAGAAUCCGACUGCAUGAUGAAACAUUGGCACUUAGGAGACCAGCGGCUGAAGAAGUGAACCUUAGGAGACCAGUGGAUGAAGAAGUGACACUUAGGAGACCAGUGGAUGAAGAAGUGACACUUAGGAGACCAGCGGCUGAAGAAGUGAACCUUAGGAGACCAGUGGCUGAAGAAGUGACACUUAGGAGACCAAUGGAUGAAGAAGUGACACUUAGGAAACCAGCAGAUGAAGAAGUGACACUUAGGAGACCAGUGGCUGAAGAAGUGACACUUAGGAAACCAGCAGAUGAAGAAGUGACACUUAGGAGACCAGUGGCUGAAGAAGUGACACUUAGGAGGCCAAUGGCUGAAGAAGUGAACCUUAGGAGACCAGUGGAUGAAGAAGUGACACUUAGGAGACCAGUGGAUGAAGAAGUGACACUUAGGAGACCAGCGGCUGAAGAAGUGAACCUUAGGAGACCAGUGGAUGAAGAAGUGACACUUAGGAGACCAGUGGAUGAAGAAGUGACACUGAGGCGGCUGAAGAAACCUUAG